AUGGGCCUCAAGGCCUGCCUCACGACACUUGCGGCGCAAGCAUUCCUGACAGGUGUCUCAGCCGCCCCCGGGUUCUCAUCGGCGCCGCCCGACGAGCUCCUACAGCCCGGCGCUGACAAAGCAAAUUGUCUCGGGUUCCGGGAGGCCCUGCCAGGUGAUACCUGCCUCUCAAUGGCCCUCGUUUCCGGCAUACCCAUCGAGCGCUUCCUCCAGAUCAACCCGCAGAUCGGCCGGGCCGAGGACUGCCCGACCAGGCUCCUCGCCAACUUCUACUACUGCGUCGCCUCCAAGCUCUAUGGUGGGGCGUUCAGCUACGUGAACCUCCCGCCGCUCACCGACCCGGGGCUGCAGACUCUACCACCGCCGACACCAUCGCCGCCCCAGGCGACCGAAGCCCCUGCCGCGCCGACCCGCACCCCGCCGUGGCGGGUCACGGUGCUAGAGGUGCUGCCGACGGCGGCGCCCGAGGGUGCCAAGCCGCCGGCGGACCUCAAGUGCGAGAUCGGGCCCGACGCCAACGACAACGCGUGCUAUAGGUCGUUUGCGCACUACGGGCCCACGGCCAGCUCGCAAAUGUCCGAGUGGUGCAAGACCUUUCUCUGGUCCGAGGUCUCGGCCACCGCGUUUGACGCCUGGGACCCGCACGCCAGGAUCCCAGAGGCCAAGGGCUGGCGCCUGCGCGGCGACUGCAAGGCGAGGUACGACGGCUUCCCGGCCGCCAUGAGCACUUUCUGCUGGUGCGUCCACGAGAAGAAGUAUCCCGCGCCCACGUGGAAGGCAAAGGCCCGAGUCUGCGUGAACCCGAUGAUAGAUCCUUGCACGCCUCCUGGUUGA